CAACUAGUUGCAAGCCAUUUGAGGAAACUUAUCGGAGAUACACCGCAUCGUCCGGGCAUCAUCAUACGUCAGAGCUUUCAAGGGUUUGACGGACCCAGAAUCACGCGCUCGACUUCUCCUAUGCUACGUUGCGGAGGGACUUGUCGACCAUGAAGUGGUUCUCAAAUGGCUAUUCCAGCUUCUCGGUGGAGUGGACUUGGCUCAACUUGGCUUUGCUACUGUCAUUGUUCAGGAAUACUUUGAGAUGUUGGCGGAAAAUCGCACCUUUCUUGCGCCUCUCCUUGAAGGCUGCCUGGAAAGCUUUCUGAAAUUGAGUCUAGUCCAUUCAAGGACAACCUCGCGGGAAAUAAAGGGGUUCUGGAGGCUAUCCUUCAGGUUGCGACCGGAAUGCUUCGUACAUCCAAAAAUGUGGUAUCAACAUACUCUCAUCUUAAGCUCUAUUUCUUCUCGAAACGAUGCUAUUACCUUUAGAUCUCUUCCUCGGGCGGCUGCCUCUCUUAGAUCCACCAUCGUUGAUAUUCAAAUGCUCAACUCUAUCGGCCCAACUACCAACCUUCGCGAAGUCCGUUUUCUGAGUACAGAACAAGAAAACGAGACUUGGUCGCAAACAUUUACCCGGAAACUUAAUAUUCUCCGUACUUGGAGUCACAAACUGGACCCAGGAGAACACCGAUCCGAAAAGAUUCGUACACGAUUCCCUGUUGUCGUGGCUGGACACGUCGGAAAUAGCUAG